GCCCUGAGCGAGCUAUAAAAGCUUAGCCUCGAGACAAGACCAAACAGAUGCUUCUAUUCCUCCAUCGGAUUAAGACCGACAGCAUGCUUUGCGUCAGCCUCCUCCUCGCCUUGGCCACCAGUGCCUUCGCUGGACACGUUUCCGGUGGCUAUCGCCUCGGCUACGGUCUCGGCUACACCGGCCUCGGCCUCUCCCACUAUGGUCUCCAGCAUGGAGUCGGCUACUCUGGCCUGACAGGAUAUGGCCUUGGCUACGCUUACGGUCCAGCUGCCAGCUACGCCGUCGCUGCUCCAGCUGUGGCCGCGUACGCUGUGCCAACCGUCGCCAGGGUUGCCACCACCUACGCUGCCCCAGCCGUCACCAGGGUAGCCACGACUUAUGCCGCCCCAGCUGUGACCAGAGUCGAGCACGCCGCUCCAGUCAUUGCCGCUGCACCAGCCGUCGCCUAUGCCGCUGCUCCAGCUGUCGCUAAGGUUGCCACAUACAGUGCUCCUGCUGUGACCAGUGUUUUCCGCACUGCUCCUGUGGUUGCUGCUGCCCCAGCCGUUGCAACUUACGCGGCGCCAGCUGUCGCUGCUGUCCACCACGCUCCAGCUCUUGCCGCCGUCACUCACUCUGCUCCACUUGUCGGUGCCCACCACGCCGUCGCCCCAGUAUACGGCUAUGGCGUCAGCGGCAUCGGCUACGGCCUCGGUCACUACGGUUUCGGUCACGGUCUCCUAGGCUAUGGUCUCAACUACGGCUAUGGCCUCGGCUCCCCCUUCGAGUACGCCACUCUCCUGCGCAAGAAGAAGUGUAAGUAUAAAAGCUCCUAUUUCGCGAGUCGAAAACAGAAGCACCUGCUCCUCCACCUGAUUAGGACCACCACCAGUAUGCUGCGUGCCUGCAUUGUCCUCGCCUUGGCCACGUGUGCCUUUGGUCAUCCAACUGGCACUUACACCCUCGCCAGUAACCUCGGUUACGGGCUCGGCUACGGCAACCUCGGCUAUGGCGGCCUCGGCUACGGAGGCCUUGGUCUCUCUCACUAUGGCCUUUCCCAUGGAGUUGGCUACUCCGGCUUGACUGGCUAUGGUGUUGGUUACGGAUACGGCUAUGCCCCAUCCGCCAGCUACGCUGUCGCUGCGCCAGCCGUUACCCGUACCGUCUCCACCUACCACGCCGCUCCAGCUGUGACCGCUGUCCACGCUGCUCCAGCCGUGACCGCUGUCCAUGCUGCUCCCGCUGUGACCGCUGUCCACGCCGCCCCAGCCGUCGCCACCUACGCCGCUGCCCCAGCUGUCACCAGGGUUGUCCAGUCCACUCCAGUUGUCGCCACCUACGCUGCUGCCCCAGCUGUAACCAGGGUGGUCCAGUCUGCUCCUCUUGUCCAGAGCUAUGCUGCUGCCCCAGCCGUGACCACUGUUCACGCUGCUCCAGCUGUGGCUACCGUCCACGCUGCCCCAGCCGUGACCGCUGUUCACGCUGCUCCAGCUUUUGCUGCCGUCCACGCUGCCCCAGCUGUUGCCACCGUCGCCCACGCCGCUCCAGCCGUCGCCACCUACAGCGUCGCCCACGCGGCCCCAGCAGUCGCCACUUAUGGUGUUGCUCACGCUGUCCCAGCUUACUACGGCUACGGCGUUGGCUCCCUCGGAUACGGUGCCGGCAGCUACGGUUAUGGCCACGGUCUCCUCGGAUACGGCCUGAACUACGGUUACGGUCUUGGCUCCCCUCUCAGCUACUCCACCCUCCUCCGCAAGAAGAAGUAAAUUUACAUGAUCAAGACCUUCCAACUGCAUGGAAAUCACAAAGCAAUGGAGCAGCUUAUUUGGAGGUUUCAAUCAAGUUUAUUGAUUCCUACUUCACAAUAAACUGUUCUCUCAAAACUGUCCUCUCUCAA